AUGUCUGUAACAACGUACCAGUCCCAGCAUCAGAACAUCGAAACGAAGCAAGAGGAACGUGAGGAGAAGAACAGGCAAGACCACGUUCCACCAAAUUCUACCAAAUAUACACAUACAUCUGAAAACGCCUACUCAGUCUUCACAUUAGCUCAAAAGAAAUGGAUUGUAUUCCUCCUAACACUAUUCGCCUUUUUCUCCCCUUUCAGUUCGACAGUCUACCUCCCUGCCCUCCUACCGGUGCAGCAGGAACUAAAAAUAACUACAACGCAGGUCAAUUUAUCUCUCACAACUUAUUUAAUAUUUCAGGCCAUUGCUCCGACUCUUUCAGGGGAGCUAUCUGACACACUAGGUCGACGCCCAGUAUAUCUCCUUACUUUCAUUGUAUACGUCGGCGCAUGUGCCGGCCUCGCUGUCCAGAAGAGUUUGGCCGCCCUAUUGAUAUUGAGAAUGCUUCAAAGUAGCGGCAACUCAGGUACCGUCGCCAUCGCCUUUGGCACGCUGGCAGACUUCACCACUCCAGCAGAAAGAGGUUCAUAUAUGGGCUUUAUGAACUCGUUUCCCCUCUCUUCGCCUGCGUUGGGUCCCGUUAUUGGGGGUGCAAUAGCUAAAUCUGCCGGCUGGAGGUGGAUAUUCUGGUUUCUCGUGAUAUUCUCGUCAUUGGCACUUAUCCUUAUGUUCUUUGCCUUCCCCGAGACAAACCGUAAAGUUGUAGGGGAUGGUAGCAUUCGCCCCCCGGUUUUAAAUAGAGCGAUCUUGGAGAAAUUGGUAAGUCCGAAGGAGAGUUGGGCUCUAAGAAGUGAAUAUGCUUCAGCCAGAAGAAAGAGAACUCUCAAGGAUAUGGUCCCAAACCCGCUUCGGAGCAUUUUGAUAAUAUUCAACAAGGAUGUCAGUAUCAUACUCCUGGUUAUGAGUAUAUUCUAUGCGGCAUUCUAUGCCGUAAUGGCUAGUCUCCCAAAGCUUUUCUCAGAAAUAUACGGAUAUAACGAGCUCCAGAUUGGAUUGUGUUACCUUGCGUUUGGUACGGGUGGCAUUAUUAGCAGUAUCGUGACAGGGAAAAUCAUUGAUAGAGAUUUCCAGACAGUGGAGAAAAAAGCGGGAAUAAAAUUUGAUCGGAGGAAGUUGGAAAACGUGGGUGAAUUCCCGUUAGAGGAAGCAAGGCUGAAGAGCAUUUGGUAUGCAAUGGGGUUGUGUAUUGCGGCUAUAAUUCCAUAUGGGUGGGCUCUAUCUAGGAAACCGGUUAGCCAGCUACCCCAUUGGACUACUUGA